AGCCGUAACAAGUCUCUGUGCACGUUAUCUUGUAUCUUCUUCUCCUUUCCAUAUACUACAGGUUUGUCUUUAUCCAACCAAGGAUUCACGAUGGACUUCUUGCAAAUUGUCGAUCCACAGUCGUUGGCCGCGGUGUCUGUAAUACGGGUGCUCGUUGAACUAGCCGUUGUUGCCGUCUCUGCGGUGGCGGUGGGUGUCUGCCUCCGCGUCGUGCCGGAGAAGUUGGUUCCACGAUCCACGGCAUCCCCUGCGCGCGUCGCCGCACCGAAGGCGGCACCCGCCGCACAGCCUCGCCCUGCUGCUGCAGCACCCAAAGCGGCGGCAGCCGUGCAGACGGGGUUCCCCGCCCCACCCACGGCGAUGGCGCCUGCCGCUCCAGUUACAGCUGCAGCUCCAGCGGCGACAUCCAAAGCAGACAGCACCCUCGACGACGUUCUCGACUCCUUCUUUGAGGACGAGGACCUGCUUGACGAGGCGCUGCUCGACACAACCGCGCCCACAAGCAACCCUCUCCACGCGGCGAAGCUGGCGCCAGCGCCAACGAAAAGCGACGUCUUUUCCAAGGAGCUGGCCGCCAAAAUGACAACACAUCUUCGACCCAAAGGCCCCACCAAAGCAAAAGCGGCGUCCCACAAGCCAUUGGAUGCAGCAGCCGCAGCAGAGCAGAAACUAGAUGACGCGUUAGACGCUUACUUGGCCGAGGAGCAGCUUCUGGAUGAAGCCAUUUUGGAUACCGCUGUCCAAGCAGCGCAGCAUGGACCCAGAGAGCCGCCUGGUCCUCCAUGA